UACUGAGCGUCCACCAAUCGGCAUCCCUUAGCUUCCAGACGUUGUUUUGUUUUUUAAACUCUUGCGCUCCACGGGUCGGCAGUUAGUAGUGCCAGUCUCCAGUUAACAGGAUCUGAUCACUUCUGCAGUUUGGGGACAUCGGCUUUUAAAGUGCCUUCCCAUUUCCACAGUGACCCUUCCGGUGUUUUCUAGUAACAACUUUUCCAGAUUAUUCUAGGCGCUUCUUUAUUUCACCCCCUUAAAGUUAUCCAUUUUAGUCGAUUGUAAAAACUAGAAAAAAAAAAUAUAAAAAAAAAAUAACUUAAUAACAAGAAAGAUACAGAUGGAUUUUAAAUAGCUCAGGAAAAAUUUUGAGAAAAAGAAUUUCACUUGAGAACUUGUUGGAUUUAAAUUGAUUUUGCAUAUCAACUGUUAUUCUUAACAAACUGUUUCAUGUCCUAUGAGUCCAUGCGUUGUUCUGAGUCAAAAUUUGAAUGAAACAGUUGAUUUCAUUUCAAUGAUGGAGACAUUUCUUUUGGAUUAUUUUCUUAAAAGUUGGCAAGUGGUUUGUUGACAAUUUUGUUCUUUUAAGUUGGUUGCUAAGAUAGCGCAAACAUAUUUUUAAAACAUUAACAUUUUAAAAAGUGAAAAAAAGAAAAAGACAAAAUAGACUAAUGACCACUAGCGGUAAACAGGAAGUCAUUCCGUUGCCAUAGAAGCUAAUCAUUUGACAAAAGGAGGCUCAAGUCAUUCUACUGCAAGGAAAUCAACAGGAUUAAUGGAGGCAUCGGCCAUUGACAGCUGUCUGGCCGGAGGAAUGGGCGUGGCAUGUCGAUCGCCUCUCGGCCAGUGGCCAUCACCGCCCGCCGCCCACACGCACCACAGCAGCAGCGCCGCCAGCAGCAUCCUCAGCGGCGGAAACCUGGUCAGCGGCGGAGUCGGAGGGGUUGGGGGCGGCAGUUACCUGAGCUACAACUCGCCCCUGUCGGACAAUGAAAACAGUGACAGCAUGAUGAGCGACUGCUCACCUCUGAAUCCUGGCUCCGCUGCCUCUAGCCCAACGGGCCCCACGGCUUGCGGUAGCGGCAAUGGCAACGGAAAAAACGGCAUCGGAAGCCGUCAGAACCAGGUGGGCACGAUUAUGCUGCACGGUGUGGCCAUUGUUUCACUGGUUAUAGACAAUAAGGUUAGUGAGGAUAGGGAACGUUUGUGUCUGGCCCAGAUUUCAAACACUUUACUUAAAGACUACAGUUACAAUGAGAUACAUAACAGAAGAGUUGCACUAGGCAUCACAUGCGUUCAGUGUACACCUGUGCAGUUGGAAAUUCUGCGUCGUGCUGGAGCCAUGCCAGUGUCCUCAAGACGUUGUGGUAUGAUCACGAAGCGUGAGGCCGAGAGGCUGGUGAAGAGCUUCCUGGAGGAGAACACGCCACCCAAACUCCCCGAGGACUUCGCUUUUGAUGUACACCACGAGUGUGGCUGGGGCUGUAGAGGUUUCUUUGAACCUUCACGCUACAACAGCUCGAGGGCCAAGUGCAUCAAAUGCACCUACUGCAAUAUGUACUUCUCUCCAAACAAAUUUAUCUUUCACUUCCACCGCACGCCGGAGUCCAAGUACAACCACCCGGACGCGGCCAACUUUAACUCGUGGCGCAGACACCUCAAGCUGUACACGGGCCACGACAACGAAGAGAUCGCCUACAAGUGGGAGGAUGUUAAGGCCAUGUUCAACGGAGGAACCAGAAAGAGGGUGUUCACAUCUGGAUCGUCGCCCUCCUCCACGGCGUCUUCUAUGAGCUCCUCUUCCACGCCUUCCUCUAAUCACACUUCCGGAAGUUAUUCGAUCAGAUCUCAGUCACGUGACACAGAAAGCGGAAGUACUUCUAAGAAAGCCAAGACGCCGUCGACGAUGGACACGAGCCAGUACAUUCCUAAGCCACCGCCCUUCCCUAACCCGUUCAACCCUUACAAUUGGCUGACCACUUCCGCCGGAAAGACACCAUACCCUUUCAUGGCCAUGAACCCUUCGCAACCCAUGUGCUUCGGUUUUCCUGCGACGUCUGCAGCUGCCAACAAAGAGGUCCUGUCGGAAAGAAUGAAGCCCUCGCCUCUUCAGCCCCCAUCUUGGAUGGGGCGAACUGCUGCAACUGGUCCUCAUUUCCCGCUUUCUUCCAUGGAUCUCUUCUGGGACAAAGCGUUUGGGUUUCCACAGGCUGCGCUCGGGUUUAGAAACGGUUACCCCCCAGGCGCCCUACCCACUGCACCGGUACACUCUUCAGGUGCGCCCUCCAUGAUGAACACCCCUGAGCUUCAUUCUCCGCACGGAGAUCUUUCCACUCGUAGAAACUCUCCGCACUCGCAUCCGCAAAGCCACAUGAAGGCCAAUUACGACAGGAGAGAGAAAGUCCGUGACAGAAUGUCCGCUUUCAAACGGGUCGUUCCAUCCUCGCCCUCCUCUUCUUCAGCUUCCCCUCGCCUAACCCCCAACGAGGAAAACGAGGAGACUGUCCACAAUGACUACAGGCGAGAUAACGACGAAGACGAUGAAGACGGCAGCAGCAUCUGCGCCCAAGACCUGAGCACCCACAAAGACGUCGACGACUGCGAAGAGAUUGACGUCGAGGAAGAAGGAGACGAACGGAAACGAAGAUCUAGCGACGACAUGCCGGAAGAGGCAGCCGUGAAGUCUAUGCAGGAACCUCUUCUAUCAUCGGCGUCUUCCAGGCUGGAAGCAUCUAAAGAAACUGACAAUGUUGAUCUUUACAGAAGUUGUCAUGAAGGAAGUCAUCACUGUGAUAACACUGAAGACAAAGGAGAGCAUCAAAGGGAUGAACCAUUAAGUUUCAAAAGACCACAGUCCGCUGCAAGCGAAGAGAGCAGCACGAAACGGAAAAGCCCCGAGGUGAAAGAACAUGGCGCUCAAGACUCUGGACUUUCUGAUGAGUCCGACGCUGAAGCAGACAACGUGAAAUCUUACGUGGAGGUGACCAAAGAUACUUUCCGAGAAGACGUGAGCCGUGAGAAAUCGUUCCGUGAGCACAUGGCGAUUCAACUGGAGAAAUUAAGAGAAACAUUAACUAACGAACUAGAGCAAGAAAGAAAAAUUCGAUUUUCACUGCAACAAAAGUUAAAAGAGGCUCACGAUGCUCUACAGAAUUUUUCUUGUGGGUUGAUAUCAGAGCGAAGGGACUUGUACUCUCUCAAAGACACUGCUGCGAUUCCCAGGUGAAAGAUCCUCGUUGUUGAAUCCUGACAAUUCAUUGCCCAAGUAGAUAAAGAGAAUCGAUUCUAAUGAUGAAAUCCUGAUGUUUUUGGACGCCAGAAAGUACGAUGAUUCUUUGAUGUCAAGUCUUUUAAAAAACAAAUGCUUUUCAAAGACGUUGUUGUAGACAACCCUUCAGUGUGAAAUCACAGUAACGAACAUACGUAUGGACACUGUUACAAUCAAGAUUUCUAACUCAGUUUAAAUUUAAACACAAUGUUUUUCCAAGAACUUUCCAAAAGUACUUUGUGAAGUUCAUAUUGUCAUCUUUGACUCCGUGAGAAAUUACAUGACUAUCUGGCCGUGUGGUAUUCGCUUUGAACUGUCGUCACGGUGGGUCAGAGCUCGAGCCUCGACCACUGCCCAUCCAGGAGUUUUGGGCUAGAGAGUGAACAAAAAAUGUUUAUUUCUGAAGAGCCCGAAAAAGAAAAAAAAAUCAAACAUUAUUUAAAUUGUUGAUGAAUAAAUAGAAUUCAUUUUGUGCAACGUGGUCCAAUCUAUAAAGAGAGAAACUAAUUUCUGGAAGAAUUUGAUAGCAUGCUCUAGUAUGGGAUGGAAUUCAUGUUCCCUUAAUUCAUUGUGUAUUAUAUGUACGAACUAGACGCCACGAUUAUCUUUAAGGCGUAUCCACUAUUACUGACUGACAUUGCUAUUUGAAUUCCAACUGUAUUAAAUUAUUACUAUAACAAAAUACACUCUAUAUGUAUUAACCAAAUUAUUAAUGUGUAAUGAUUGGUUGGCACACUGACUUCGUACGUUUAUAUGUGCUUAGUUUAAAAAAAAGAGAUAUUUAAAUACAGCUUUAACCACAGUCAGAGGCACGAGGAGCGUAUCAAUACUUGGAAGUGAAAUUAUUGUCCAUGACCAAAGUAGUGUCCAUGGAGUGGUCACUGCUCCAGAAACGUGUGUUAGCAGCCCAGGAGAUAGAUCUUGUUGUCUAGUUGUCUAGCCAUGAGUGAAGUAUCCUCUCGUGUGAAUUUACUAAAAGUUUUGCUUUUGGAAUAUAUUGUUGAUUUGAAUAUAGUGUGAUGAUUUUGUUUCAAAUACAUUUUAAUGUUAUGUACAAACACGGGAUGUAUAGCACGUAUGUGUCUGUGUCAAACUUUGUUGUGUAUGUAUUUUGUUUGCGCGUCUGCGGCGCUCAACUGGUUUCUCUGUUCUGCCCACUAGGUCUGCGCGUGCCAUGUUUUUGUGUAAUGGGCAGUCUGAUAUUCACGACACGGGACAAGCCCAAUAUUCGAUCUAUAAUAAACAUGAGGCAUCUCAUACAAAUCAGAAUUCAUUAUUCUUAGGGCCGGAUACCGCAAUAAAAAAAUUAAUUACAAUUUAUAAAAUGAAAUAGAAUUUGAAAUCAGCUACGUCAUCAUGGCAGCUGGAGAACAAAAAGCUUACAGGCUCCAUCCUUACAAAUGAAAUAAAUUCGUUUGUUGUGUUUGCGGUAUUCAGUAUUUCUCGACAUUAGUCUUAAGAUUCUUAAAAAAAAAUUUAAUAACCCUUUAUAUUAGUUCUGAGUACUAGAAAUGUAAAAAAGCUAAGGGAAUCAACCGCUUUGGUUUAUUGUGAUUUAUAUUUUAUUUGCCUAUAAGUCUGUUUAAUUAUGAAAUAAUUGGUUGAGAACUAAAACAUCAACAACAAAUUUGUCAAUAAAUUAACGAAUUAAAUAUUUGUGUCUCAGAGUACGAAGGAAAAUUUCAUAAUCAUACCUUUAUUUUGAAUUUUAAUCCAAAUUGAAAUGUCUGUACAUAUGUCAUCACUUUCUAUUCACACAACAUGACGCAAGUGGAUAAUGUGUACAUAUGUCAUCACUUUCUAUUAACACAACAUGACGCAAGUGGAUAAUGUGUACAUAUGUACAUCAUGCUAUUGAAUUGUAACAAAUUUUGGGGGGUCUAUUUUGUAAACACAAUGUUUAUAUGAAAAGAAUUCUGUUGAUGAUAAUCAUCCUUUUAAAGCUGCAGAAGAAUGAUUGCUAAACAAAAGAUACAUUGUCAGAAAUAGUUAUGAUUUUUUUAUCUUUUAAAAGUUCAAGGAAUUUUUUUUUCUAUUGAGAUUAAAGUCCUUGAUAUCUGCAGUUUUAUCUUUGAAGAAUAAGAAAGUUGUAUGUAUGAAAAAAACAACAACUGAAUGUGUUGGUGUGUGUGUGUGUGGGAUGAGAAAUAGAAAGAGACAGAGAUGAUUAUGUUGAUGAUGUAUUUUGUAUCUAAUAAAGAUGUAGACAUUAUCAAUGAGGAGUUCGUUAUAUAUGAA